AUGAAGUACCAAAUCCACCCCCAAAAUCGGCCUAAUUGCAGUUCUUCAGCCCUGGUCACGUUGAGGCGCCAUCUGGCGUGCGGUGGCCGCAACGGUCGACCGCGACAGGACACGGUUACGGAUGCGGAUGCGAAUGCGCACGGAUGCGGAUGUAGCACGGACGCGAGCGCGGCACCGCGACCAAUAGAUUUGGCCAGGCCCAGGCGAACUGAAGACAACGAGAGUUGCAGCCCGCCAAAGGCAAGACCCGGACCACAUGCAACAAUCGCAGUAGCUGCGAAGCCAGCAGCGACGCCGGCUGCGACUGCGGCAGAGGCAGCGACUGGUGGAAAAGGAAAGCAGACGGAGCGGAGCGAGCUCCGCUCCGGCGACUUAUGGCCAUGUUUGUUGUACGGGUAA